CUCCAGUAUCCCAGAGAGCAAAGGGAAUCCGGCCGGGAUCUCAACGUGCGUUGAGCCGACGCUUUGCCCGGACGACAAGAUCUGCAGCUCCCGACGGAGAAAUAACAUGUUAAUGUAUUUAGAUCAACACCUCUCAACGCCUAACUUUUAACGAUUUUAGUGCUGGCGUCUUAAAUAUCCGGGCGGAUCAAAGGCGGCGCGGUGAGGGGUGCGGAGUCAGCGGCGGCGUGAGCGGCCCCGUCGGUCGGUCCGUCGGCGGUCGGUCGGUGAACCGGAGUCAGUGACAGCACAGCGGGAGCAACCACCGGCUCCAGCCCGGGCCAACACACCCGCCGAGGCAGCGAGAACCCCGGUCCGUGCACCCGGCCGCUGAAGCAGGAGCGGCGCCGCCACCAUGCCGCGAUCCCGGCGCGACAAGCGGGUUUCUUUGACUAAAACAACGAAGAAAGGAUUACAGAUCAAACAAAGCUUAAUCGAAGAGUUGCGAAAAUGUGUGGACACCUACACAAAUCUCUUUGUCUUUUCCGUCAAGAACAUGAGAAAUAACAAACUGAAGGAUAUGCGGUGUGCCUGGAAACACAGCCGGUUCUUCUUCGGUAAAAAUAAAGUGAUGAUGCUGGCCCUGGGAAAAGGACCCGCAGAUGAAUACAAGGAUGGUUUGCACAAGAUCAGCAAACAUCUGCAGGGUGAAGUUGGUCUCCUAUUCACUAACCGCACAAAGGCCGAAGUGAUUGAGUGGUUUGAUCAGUACACAGAGUCUGAUUUUGCACGGUCCGGGAACAAAGCUACAAUGGCCGUUACGCUUGAUGCUGGGCCUUUGCCACAGUUCACACACUCCAUGGAGCCACAACUGCGGCAACUUGGCUUACCAACCACGCUAAAGAAAGGUGUCGUGACAUUGUUGAGUGAUUAUGACGUAUGUAAAGAGGGUGCCCCUCUGACACCUGAACAGGCGCGCCUUCUGAAACUACUUGGGAUUGAGAUGGCCACAUUCAAAGUGACAAUGAACUGUCUGUGGAACUCUGAAACUGGUGAAUUUGAACAACUGGGAGCAACUGAUGAUGGAAAAAGCAAAGAUGUGGCAGCAAUGGAUGAGUAGCAAGGAGUUCAAGGGCUUUGUCCAAUGCUUGACAUUAGUUAAACUGACUGAACAGUGCUAUGAACGAGAGAUGAAUUGUUACAUUUACAGAAACCAACUUCAGUGCACCUUUUUAAUAAAAGUGUGAAGUAUAAUGGA